AUGCUUCUCGCCUUGCAGAAGUAUGACUAUACCAUCACAUACAAGAAAGGCAAGGAAAUGUAUCUUGCCGACACCCUGUCUCGCGCAUACAUGACAGAGACAGAAGAAGCUGUGGAUGUGGAGAUGGAAACAGAACAAAUCCACAUGUUAGACUACCUGCCUGUGUCUAAUGAAAGACUCACUGAAAUCCAACGUGCAACCGCUCUGGAUGAAACCCUCCAGGUUGUAGAUAAGAUGGUACAAGUAGGAUGGCCCGAAACAAAGAGUGACAUACCUAAUCUUGCAACACCAUAUUUCCAUGUGAGGGAUGAACUUAGUGUUCAAGAUGGAAUUCUGUUUCAUGGAAAAAGAUGUGUUGUUCCAAUAGCAUUACGAUCUGACAUUCUCAAACGUCUACAUAAUGCUCACACUGGCAUAGAAUCAACCAGGCGAAGGGCCCGUGAAUGUGUUUAUUGGCCUAACAUGAAUGCUGAAAUCAAAGACUUCAUAUCCAAAUGUGAAGUGUGCCAGAUCUAUGAUUCCAAGCAAGCCAAGGAACCUCUAAUUCCUUAUGACACUCCAGACAGACCCUGGUCAAAGCUAGGUAUUGAUUUGUUCAACUGUAAUCAGAAAGACUAUGUAAUCCUAGUUGACUACUUCAGUGACUUCUUUGAAGUAGAUAUGAUCACUGACAAGACAGGAAAACAAGUGAUCCAGAAAUUCAAAAGUCAUUUGGCUAGACACGGAAUACCGGAUACCAUAAUCUCAGACAAUGGUUCAGGGUUCAAUUCUCAGGACUUUGCUGAUCUCGCCAACAAGUAUGAGUUUACUCACAUAACAAGCUCACCAGCCUUCCCACAGUCGAAUGGUAAAGUCGAGUCUGCAGUAAAGUCAGCCAAGAGACUAAUCAAGAAAUGCUCAAAAGCAGGUUCUGACCCUUAUCUAGCCUUGUUAGACAUCCGCAACACACCAAAUGAAGGAAUGUCUACAUCCCCUGCACAGCGCCUGUUCAAUCGCCGCACCAAGACUCUACUACCUACAACCAAACAGUUACUCCAACCAGGUGUUUGUCCAACAGUCAAAUCUGAAAAGAGGAAGAAAGUAGAGAGUCAAGUGAAGUAUUUCAACAGACAUGCAAAAGAUCUGUUGCCAUUGUAUGAAGGCGACCAUGUGCGCAUUCAACCACUCAGACUAGGUGAACAUGAAUGGAAAAAAGGCACAGUAAACAAACAAGUUAACAUCAGAUCAUAUGAAGUUAACCUUGAUGAUGGUCAAACACUAAGGAGAAAUAGACGUCACUUGAGACCAGUACCAUGUACACCUCAUGAACCAGAACCAGCAUCUCAACAUGCUCAAGCACCAGCAAUUAUACAAGCACCAGAGCCAGGUACAGACCAGCCACUGAAACAACCGUCUCCCAAGAAAGUUAAACAGUCACAGCCACAGCCAUCGGUGACAACAACAACAAGUAACAACAACUCAUCACCGAGAAUCACGAGAAGUGGUAGAGUUUCAAGACCCCCUGCACACUUGAAAGACUUUAACAUGAAAGUGUGA